GCGGCGGGGUCUUCCUGCCCCCGGGGAGCACCGCGUGGGGAAAUUCUCCUGCGAGUCGCGGCGAGUUUCUUCUCGGUCUUCUUUGAGUUUACUUAGAGUUCGUGUCCUCUCCUCUGGAUUGCCCUUCUGGUCGCGUAGCGGAUCCGUAGAGUUGCUUUGAUGGUUCUUUUAUGGAACAUUUUUUUCUCUUGAAAACAUUGCUGCUAAAAAGCUCCAAACAGGAGAAGUAAAUUCAGUCAGCUUGUCAGGCCACUGGCUCAGUGUACAAGCGCUUUCAUGAGGUAACAUUGGGCCAAAGUCAGCUUUUCUUUCUCCUUGGUAAAUCUGCAGCCAAGCAAUGGGCCAGAAAAUCUCAGGGAGCAUAAAGUCUGUGGAUGUGAGGGAGCCCCCUUUUAGGCCAGUGAAACGAGAGCUGAGAGGCCCGGAUUUCUGCAAGCCUGCACGGCUGGACAUGUUGUUGGAUAUGCCCCCUGCAAAGCUAGAGAUCCAGUACAAACAUGCUUGGAACAACGAAGACCGCUCUUUAAAUAUAUUUGUAAAGGAAGAUGAUAAACUGACUUUUCACAGACACCCCGUGGCCCAAAGCACAGAUUGCAUCCGAGGCAAAGUCGGCUACACAAGAGGCCUCCAUGUCUGGCAAAUCCACUGGCCCACGAGGCAGCGGGGGACUCACGCGGUGGUGGGAGUCUCCACAGCCGAAGCGCCACUGCACUCGGUGGGGUACACGUCACUGGUGGGCAGCAACAGCGAGUCGUGGGGCUGGGAUCUGGGACGCAACAAACUUUAUCACAAUUGUAAAAACCAGCCUGGGGUCACAUAUCCUGUCUUCUUGGAACCGGAUGAGUCUUUUGUACUCCCAGACUCCUUACUGGUGGUUUUGGAUAUGGACGAAGGAACGCUCAGCUUUAUGGUAGAUGGACAGUAUCUUGGAGUGGCCUUCAGAGGACUAAAAGGGGAAAAACUUUACCCCAUAGUCAGUGCGGUUUGGGGACACUGUGAAAUUACAAUGAGAUACAUCAAUGGACUUGACCGUAAGUCUUACCAUAUUUCAUUACACUCUUUCAACUCUUCUCUUUUUGAAUUUAUCUUUUUAUCUCCUAAUUGUGAGCCAUGUACUGGGGAUGACUAUGAGUAAAUUGCAUCCUGUAGUUUUUACUCACAACUAGU